AGGCAAUUUGGGGUUGAGUGUGAAAGCGAAUGGCUGAGUCUGGCCUUUCCACACACACACAAGCAAGAGCAAAAGCCUUGGGGAAGUAUUCGGAUAACCCUGCCAGGGAAUACUGCACCUGUGGACCUUACUCUUGGCUGGAGAAGGGAAGGAAAGCUGAGGAACUCAAACCCUGGGCAGCCAGACAAGCAGCACUCUUUCAAGACUGAAGAACCACUGUCUGUGCCCACCCGUCACUCUAGAAGAUAUUGAUUAAAAGGCGGGGUGCGGACAGCAGCUCAGAGAGGGCAGCCCCAAUGGCAGGCUGCUGUGACACUGCCUGCGAGCGACGCUCGCUAUAAGAGCCCUGCAGGGAGCACACUUCACCUGGAGACAGUGCACAGGACGGGUGCCCAUGUGGUCGUCGACACUGGUCCUGGUGUUUCUGAUCGGCGUCCAGGCUGUGUUGAAGUCAGAGGGGGAUGCCAGGGUGGCAGGGGCCGGACUCUCCUCCAGGCAGCAGGGGGCGCCGGACACGAUGAUGGCACAGCUGGAGGACAGCAGCAACCAAAGUCAGUCCCGUGACCAGAACCUUCACUCUCCCAAGGGUACCAGCGUGGACCCCAAACUCUUCAGCAAGCAGCCCUACCGCUCCCCCAGGGUGCUGUUCAGCUCCCAGCCCCCGGGGGAGGAAGGGACGGAGGCUCCCACGGGAUCGAGGUUGAAACGGAAAGCCAGUCCGGCUCUGCACCGCGGAGAGUAUUCAGUGUGCGACAGCGUCAGCACCUGGGUGGGAGACAAGACCAAGGCCACCGAUAUCAAAGGACAGGAAGUGAGCGUGUUGGCGGAGGUGAACAUCAACAACACGGUCAUCAAGCAGUACUUUUUCGAGACCACCUGUCGGAACGCCAAACAGGGCGGGGCUGGCUGUCGGGGCAUUGACCGCAAGCACUGGAACUCGUACUGCACCGACACACACACCUUUGUGCGGGCCCUGACCGUGGAGAGCAAUCUGGUGGCCUGGCGCUUCAUUCGCAUUAACACGGCCUGCGCGUGUGUGCUUAGCAGGAAGUCAUGGAGACACUGACUGAUUGACUGCUGCCCUGGACCCUCCCCCCCUCUCCCUGGCCAAUGAACCAGCACCACAAACUCAACUCAAAGUGCCCCGUUGCCCUCUGCUCCCCAGCCCUACCUCAGUCUGUAAAUUAUUGUGUUACGUUGUUUUAAGUUAUGAGACUGCAUGUUAUAUUUAAAGUUUAUACAUUUGACAAAUCCUUACAAAACAAAAUAGCUUUUUCUCAUUGUUAUUUAUUAAACACUUCUGU